AUGGAGGAAUCGGCAUCCCUAGAUAUGGAGAGUUAUUUUUCUCAAUGUGAACGAGAACGAGAUGAAGCAGCAAACAAAGCAAGAAAAAACAUUAUAUUUAAUAUGCUUGCGGCAGUCAUGGCGAUGAUGGUUAUUCUAUGCCUUACUAAAGAGGUAUGCAACUUAAUCAAGUUGUUUGAUCAAUAUUGGAUUCAUUUUAUUUAUGGAAUCGAGGGUUUUCUGUGCGCAGCCGUAAUCAUCCAUUUAUUUUGUGAACGCCAUCGAAUCAAAACUGAACCCCUUGUGAAAACCCAAGAUACGGAAAAUGCUCAUCAUGAUUCUGAAGAAAUUAAGUCGAUAAUUAAACAAACUCAUGCAUUAAAAAAUCAUCACACCUUCUGGUUCGCGUUCUUACUUUCCAUUAUUAUAUCAUGUUUAUGGAUUGAAACAGCUAUAUUGUUCUAUAAAGCUGACAGCAAAAAGGAAAUUAGAUAUGCAUGGGCGUUACUCUUCUCACUUUUGCUUCCAACCAAUGUGUAUUUCAAGGACAUUUUUAUCCCAAUGAUCAUCUGCCCGUUCAUUGAGUUCAUGGAUCCCUCUCUUACCUCCGAUUCGAAAUAG